UUGACGCGCGCUCUCGUCGUCUCAUCGCACUCUAGUUUCUCGUGAUUUCAUGGCUUCGUAGUUUGUUCGUUCGGUGACGCUCUCCGAGACUACGAGCGAAUAAAGGAUAUCGACGAGCGGGGUGUAUCGUGUGCUGAACGACAAUUUGACUCGCGCGCGCGAGUGAAUAAGAAGUACAACGUACCUACGAGUGAAAGACAGACAGACAGACGAACUAACGAACGAACAAACGGGAGAACGAGAGAGCAAGCAGCGCCAUCAAGUAGCGUGAUAAAAUGAAUCGCGAGAAGCGGCUGUGAGGGGUCUACCGAUCAACUUCACAAUCCAGCCGACCAACCACCAGCCGUGUUACGGUACCACGUCUACGCACGGGUGGAAAUUAAAUUAGCGACUGCGAGAUCGGAUCGGAGUAUUCCGCGGGCCACGCACCCGUGGAUCACCGGCCGGUUGGGGUCUCAUCCCCUUCUCUUUCUCUCUUCUCUACCUCCCUCGGAAAGUCGGCUGCGAGGUUGACGACAGCCGACGGCGGCGGUGGCGGCCGCGGCAGCGACGACGAUCAGCCAGAAAAAAACAAGUGUUAUCGGCCAGAAGGACGACAACGACGACGACUCGAGGUUUCUAGGAUAACACCAGGCGCCGAGAGAGGCGAUUGCGAGGGAAAAAAAAAACUGCCGGAAAGGAGUAAACUCGUAUCUUUGCAUAAACAAUGGCAGCGUUACCACGGAGGAUUAUUAAAGAAACUCAAAGAUUAAUGCAAGAACCAGUUCCUGGUAUUAGUGCAGUGCCAGAUGAUACAAAUGCUAGAUAUUUUCACGUAAUAGUAACGGGACCUGAAGAUUCGCCAUUCGAAGGUGGAUUAUUUAAACUCGAAUUGUUCCUACCAGAAGAUUACCCAAUGUCUGCACCGAAAGUUAGGUUUAUCACAAAAAUAUAUCAUCCAAAUAUAGACAGAUUGGGCAGGAUUUGUCUGGAUAUCCUUAAGGACAAAUGGAGUCCUGCGCUUCAAAUUAGAACAGUUUUGCUGUCCAUACAAGCGCUUUUGAGCGCACCGAAUCCCGAUGAUCCUUUGGCAAAUGAUGUAGCUGAACUUUGGAAAGUUAAUGAGAGCGAAGCGAUACGUAAUGCCAAAGAAUGGACUCGAAGAUAUGCUAUGGACAACUGAUCUCAGCCUUGUCAGAUCGCCCACGACAAAGCAAAGCGACGUUACUCCUAUCUUUCCCAGACUUUUCGUCACUUUAUCUGCACCAACUGCGUAUCCGGCACCUGUGUCCACAAUUUUGCUAUAAAAAUAAUAAAAGUUUUGUAAGAGUAAAACAGAAUGGAUAUUUUCUAUAUCGUGGGGGAAAUGCAAAGCAUUGUUAGAUUUAUUCAAUCGCUCAUUGAGAAAACUUCGUAAAUAUCUUCCUACAUUAAUGUUGCGUAUCUGCAAGAGAAAGCCUCUCUCUCUCUGUGUGUAUGAGAAGACACGGUGAGAUUUGUUACAUAAGUUUGAAAUUAUGUUAAGGAAAAGUAUGCGACAUAUAAUUCUUUCAAUACAUUGCUAUAAAA